CCCCGGUGUCCAUUGUCGUCAACGUAAUGUUCAAAAGAUGGGUAUCUUUUAGCUUCCAAUCGGAUCAGUCAGCAUUUAAUAUUCGAAUAAAGUGAUAACGCACAGGCUUGGACACAAAGAAAGAUGGGCACACAAGACAACGAUGCAGCCUUCGAUAGGAUUAUGGAAUCUGUUGUAGACGAUGGUCCAUUCCAAAAACGAUACAAUUUAAUAUUCAAUGUUAUUGGAGUGAUGUUUUUUGCCAUGACUGUAGUGAAUGUUCUACUGAUAUUGACCGUUCCGGAGCACAACUGUAUGGUGCCAGGCAAGGAGCAAUAUAAUGUUAGUGCCAUCGAGCGAUGGAGAAAUCUCACUCUGCCAAGGGAGCCGAAUAGCCGAGGCGAGUUGAGCUAUAGUUCUUGUGCAAUGUACAAUAUUUCAAAGUACCCAAUAGGGACCAGUCCCAACGAGUGGAAAUUUGAAGCCAAUGAAACGAUAUCCUGUAUUUAUGGAUAUGAAUACGAUCGACAAUACUUUGAUUUGAUACCAAUAACGGAAGAAAAUUGGGUCUGUGACAAGGAGCUGCAUGCAACGAAUAUUUUUGCUUUCAUACGAUUUGCGGAAGUUAGCGGAACGUUUGUGCUAGGGCAGCUGGGAGAUCGGAUAGGUCGCCUUCCGGUGUACUUGUUGAGCAUAGGAGCCGCCACCAUCGGUAGAACCUUGGCAGUACUGACCGCUUCACAAUACUGGCUUUUCGCGGCGUUGGCUUUCAUGGGAAGUUUUGCCUCCAACACCGCUUUCCAAUCACCCCUAAUUGUGGCCAUGGAAAUCUCCAAAGAUGAAAACCGUGCUGCACUAUCUCUGUGGCAGUUGUUUGGUUGGACAGUCGGUGUCUGCGUAGCUCCACUGAUUCUCUGGUGGACUCGGAACUGGAUUUGGUUCAUGUUGAUGACUUCCGUUCCUUGUCUGUUGUUCUAUUGUAUGCCACAAUACAAUAUUGAGUCUCCACGAUGGCUUGCUAGUCAAGGACGUUAUCAGGACUGUAUUCAACAGUUGAAGAAAAUUGCCAAGGUGAAUAAAUCGAAAUUUCAUCUCACAGUGGAGGAGCUAAAAGAGAAGAUACCGCAGAAAGAAGUCGAAAAGACAUUCGGUAUUGCUUCGUUGUUCAGUGGCUGGCACAUGUCUAAGCUAACAACUUUGUUACUGAUCUGUUGGAUUUGCAACACUAUUCCUACUUUCACGCUUUUUCUAAUGAGUAUGCAGAUGGGUGGUAAUCCAUUUUUGAACCUAUUCUGGCAAGGAGCCGUUGAAUUACCUGCUUACUUCUGUGGUCAAGUGCUGUGCGAUCGGAUAGGGCGACGGCUAACCAACAGUGGUGCCUAUCUGGGAUCAGUCAUAUUCUGCAUUCCCGUAAUCUUGAUUAUUCAUCAUAGUGGCACCGAACAAUACGUAACCGUAUUUGCAGUCGUCAUUAAGUUUUUCGUUUGCGUUACUUACUUUGCGCUGUAUCUGCAAUCAUUUGAAGUGUAUCCUACAUCACUGAGACAAACGGGAACAUCAUUCGGAAUCAUCAUAUCUAACAUAUUUGGGGCACUUGGACCGUACAUAGUGUACCUAGGAACAAACUAUGAUAUCCGGCUUCCAUUUGUGGCAAUGGGACUAAUAGGAUUGUUAGGAUUUUUCACUUCAAUUUACCUACCAGAGACGCUAUAUCAAAAGUUGCCAGAUACUAUGGAAGAAGGACGACGAUUCGGUAAGGACCAAGCGUUCUGGAGUUUGCCAAGGAAACCUAAUCAGAUGUGCACAGAGGUGGAAUACAAACUAAGUCAGUAUGAAGCAAUAAGUGAAUCUCAAACAGACUAGUAUUAAAGCAAAACGAAUGUGAUUUUUAUAUUAUUCGUGUUUUUUCAAUUUCCAUUCAAUUGUAUGAAUAGUGCCUAUAUAUUUCUAGAA